AUGGAUGCAGAAACUGAAGAUAAAACGCUGCACACCCGAGCUAAAGGAACUGAAGUGCCAAUGGAUUCUCUAAUCCAGGAGCUCAGUGUCGCAUAUGAUUGCUCCAUGGCAAAGAAGAGGAGAGCAGAGGAACAGGCUCUGGGCGUCCCAGUCAACAAAAGGAAGUCCCUGCUGAUGAAACCCCGACACUACAGCCCGAACUUGGACUGCAAAGAGGAAAGAGAUGACAAAGCCGAGGAAGACAGCAUGGUGGAAACAAGUGAUCAUUCCAUUGCAGAGGAUAUCGGGGUAAAACCUAUGGAUGAGAAACUUCAUUCAGCAGCCCAAGAAAACUGCCAUAGGAAGGAAGAGAGAUAUGCUUGUUAUCAAGAAAUCAUGCUCAAAUCUUUAAUGCACUUGGGGAAAUUUGAAAAGAACAUGUCUGUCCAGAAUGUAAGUGAAAACUUAAAUGACAGUGGCAUUCAGUCUUUAAAAACAGAAAGCGACGAAGCAGAGGAGUGCUUUCUUGUUCAUUCUGAUGAUGGAAGAGAAAAAAUCGAGGACUCCCAGCCACUGUUCUGCUCCUCUGAUGACAGCGAAAGUAACGCGGAGAGUGCUGAGAACGGGUGGGACAGCGGCUCCAACUUCUCAGAGGAAACCAAACCACGCAGAGGUCCAAAGUACAUGUUAGCAGAUAAUAAGAAAGACCUAUCAGAAGCUCCUGAAAUAAAAAGUGAAGAUGACAGAUUUCUCCCUUGUGAGAACAAGUGUGAUGUUGAUGCAGAAAGGAGAGACCCACAGAACGCACACAGGGAGCCCUUGGAAGCCAAAGCCCAGGCAUCCUUCCCUGAGCCUGAGGAGCGGGACUGUGAGAGCCUGGCAGCCUUGACUGCAGAACCCGGGGACCUGGACAGAGCCAAGGGGAACUUGAGUCUGUUGGAGCAGGCAAUUGCUCUGCAAGCGGAGCGAGGCUGCGUUUUCCAUAACACAUAUAAAGAGCUGGACAGGUUCCUCCUGGGGCACCUACCAGGGGGGAGGAGGCAAACCAAAGUCAUUGACACGGGUGGAAGACAAAUCUUUACCAAUAAACAUUCGCCAAGGCCUGAAAAAAGAGAGACCAAGUGCCCCAUCCCUGGGUGUGACGGCACAGGACACGUGACAGGGCUCUACCCCCACCACCGCAGUCUUUCGGGGUGCCCCCACAAAGUCAGGGUUCCCCUGGAAAUUCUGGCCAUGCAUGAAAAUGUGCUUAAGUGCCCCACUCCAGGAUGCACAGGAAGGGGUCAUGUGAACAGCAACCGCAACACCCAUAGGAGUCUCUCUGGUUGCCCAAUUGCUGCAGCUGAAAAAUUGGCAAUGUCCCAGGAUAAAAGUCACCUUGAUUCUUCCCAAACGGGGCAGUGUCCUGACCAGGCCCACAGGACAAGCUUGGUGAAGCAAAUUGAAUUCAAUUUCCGAUCACAAGCCAUCACCUCUCCCAGAGCCACAGUGUCAAAAGAGCAGGAGAAGUUCGGGAAAAUCCCAUUUGAUUAUGCCAGUUUUGAUGCACAAGUGUUUGGUAAACGACCGCUCAUCUCAACAGGGCAAGGAUGCAAAACACCGCCAUUUUCUGAAUCAAAGCAUUUUUCAAAUCCAGUGAAAUUUCCUAAUCGACUGCCUAGUGCAGGCGCCCACACACAGAGCCCGAGCCGUGCCAGCUCUUAUAGCUACGGUCAAUGUAGUGAAGACACCCACAUAGCAGCAGCUGCUGCCAUCCUGAACCUUUCCACCCGCUGCAGGGAAGCUGCAGACAUCCUCUCCAACAAACCACACAGCCUGCAUGCCAAGGGAGCCGAGAUAGAAGUGGAUGAAAAUGGCACAUUGGACUUAAGCAUGAAAAAAAAUCGAAUCCUGGACAAGGCUGCACCCCUAACUUCCUCUAACACUUCCAUCCCAACUCCUUCCACUUCCCCAUUCAAAACCAGCAGCAUUCUGGUCAAUGCAGCGUUCUAUCAGGCCCUGUGUGACCAAGAGGGCUGGGACACUCCUAUCAACUAUAGCAAAGCUCAUGGGAAGCCAGAGGAGGAGAAAGAGAAAGACCCAGUGAACCCUCUAGAAAAUGUAGAGGAGAAAAAGUUUCCUGGAGAGGCUUCGAUACCAAGCCCUAAACCCAAACUCCACUCAAGAGAUCUCAAAAAGGAACUAAUCACCUGUCCGACACCAGGUUGUGAUGGAAGUGGCCAUGUCACAGGAAACUAUGCGUCUCAUCGCAGUGUUUCUGGAUGCCCGUUAGCAGAUAAGACUCUCAAGUCCCUCAUGGCUGCAAACUCUCAGGAGCUUAAGUGUCCGACUCCUGGCUGUGAUGGUUCGGGACACGUGACAGGAAACUAUGCUUCCCACAGAAGCUUGUCUGGCUGUCCCCGAGCAAGGAAAGGUGGUGUCAAGAUGACCCCCACCAAGGAAGAGAAAGAAGACCCUGAACUUAAAUGUCCUGUGAUGGGAUGUGAUGGCCAAGGUCACAUAUCAGGUAAAUACACAUCACACCGCACAGCUUCUGGCUGUCCCCUGGCUGCCAAAAGACAGAAGGAGAAUCCUCUCAACGGAACACCCCUUUCCUGGAAACUGAACAAGCAGGAACUGCCACACUGUCCCUUGCCAGGCUGCAAUGGGCUGGGCCAUGUAAAUAAUGUCUUCGUCACCCACAGAAGCUUAUCUGGAUGUCCUCUCAAUGCACAAGCUAUCAAGAAAGGCAAGGUAUCUGAAGAAUUGAUGACCAUCAAGCUCAAAGCCACCGGGGGUAUAGAGAGUGAUGAAGAAAUUAGGCAUUUGGAUGAAGAAAUCAAGGAACUGAAUGAAUCUAACCUUAAAAUUGAAGCAGAUAUGAUGAAACUUCAGACCCAGAUCACAUCCAUGGAGAGCAACUUAAAGACGAUAGAGGAAGAAAACAAGCUCAUAGAACAGAAUAAUGAGAGUCUGCUGAAGGAGCUGGCAGGUCUGAGCCAAGCUCUCAUUUCAAGCCUAGCAGACAUCCAGCUUCCACAGAUGGGACCUAUCAGUGAGCAGAAUUUUGAAGCCUAUGUAAAUACACUCACAGACAUGUACAGCAAUCUGGAGCAGGACUAUUCCCCGGAAUGCAAAGCUCUACUGGAGAGUAUCAAACAAGCAGUGAAGGGCAUCCAUGUGUAGGAUCGCAGCGCUACUGGGCCACACAAGUCACCAUAGCAGUAAACUCCAGAUGGAUCUGUCAGGGGUUUGUAUACUGCUAAGGCAUGGAGCUUGCCCUACUGCAUUUACAACUGCAAUAUUGCACUAAUAUUUUUCCCCAACUGACACGAAAAAGUAAAGUAAAACUAUGAUAGA